CGUGCGCGCACACACCGCUCUGCGCCGCGGCCGGAGGAUGACACCAUACCGUCGGAGAGGUGACCACCGCCGGAAGCAAAGCACACUUCCCCCCUCGACAAUGGAAAAAUAAACAAAUCAGCUCCAUCUGAUAAAAAACAAACAAACAUGGCUGCUCUUCUUAUUCCUCUGUGCGAACCGGUGAAGGGGAGGAGGAGGAGGAGGAGGUGAAGGCAGCGGUGGCUCAAGAUAGAAGCGCUUUUCUGGGAGGUGUGGGGAAGGAGGAGGAGGGGGGAGCUCCGUUGUCUUGUAAGAGGAUAAAGAAAAGGGAAAUCGAGCUAUUUUUAAGCGGACUCUUGGCCUGGGUUUGAUGGCACCAUGAGCGGCGCGCCGGAUGAGAGCUCUGUGCGCGUGGCCCUGAGGAUACGUCCUCAGCUGGCCAAAGAGAAGAUUGAAGGCUGUCACAUCUGUACAUAUGUGAUGCCCGGGGAGCCCCAGGUGGUCCUGGGUAAGGACAAGGCCUUCACCUAUGACUAUGUGUUUGACAUGGACACCCAGCAGGACGCCAUCUACACCCACUGCACAGAGACACUGAUCGAAGGCUGCUUCGAAGGCUACAACGCCACCAUCUUCGCCUAUGGGCAGACGGGUUCAGGGAAGACCUACACCAUGGGAACUGGCUUCGACGUUAACAUUGGCGAGGAUGAGCUGGGUAUCAUUCCCCGAGCUGUCAACCACCUGUUCAGAGGAAUUGAAGAGCGUAGACAGGCCGCCACCGAGCAGGGCAGGCCUGUUCCUGAGUUCAAGAUCAACGCACAGUUCUUGGAGCUGUAUAAUGAGGAGGUGCUGGAUUUGUUUGACUCGACGCGAGACCUUGAGGCCAGGAAGCAGAAGUCCAACAUUAAAAUCCAUGAGGACGCCAACGGAGGCAUCUAUACUGUGGGGGUGACAACACGCACCGUCACCUCUGCAGCUGAGAUGAUGCAGUGUCUGAAGCUGGGCGCUCUGUCUCGUACCACUGCCAGCACCCAGAUGAACGUCCAGAGUUCACGCUCUCAUGCAAUCUUCACCAUCCACCUGUGCCAAGUUCGAGUCUGCUCUCCUGACAAUAACAAUGAUAAUGCAACCGAUAACCGCUUAGCUAACAACUCAGAGAUAGAUGAGUUUGAGACCCUGACAGCUAAAUUCCACUUUGUGGAUCUGGCUGGUUCCGAGAGACUGAAGAGAACCGGAGCUACAGGAGACAGAGCUAAGGAGGGAAUCUCCAUCAACUGUGGACUGCUUGCUCUGGGAAAUGUCAUCAGCGCUCUUGGAGAUCGGAGUAAACGCUCCACCCACGUGCCUUACAGAGACUCCAAACUGACACGGCUUUUACAGGACUCACUCGGUGGCAACAGUCAAACCGUGAUGAUCGCCUGCAUCAGUCCAUCGGAUCGGGACUUCAUGGAGACCUUGAACACUUUGAAGUACGCCAACAGGGCCAGGAACAUCAAGAACAAGGUGAUGGUGAACCAGGACAGGGCGAGCCAACAGAUCAGCGCUCUGCGGACGGAAAUAGCACGACUGCAGAUGGAGCUGAUGGAAUACAAAACGGGGAAGCGCAUGGUGGGUGAGGACGGCAUGGAGGGCAUCAACGACUUGGUCCAUGAGAACUCUAUGCUGCAGACGGAGAAUAACAACCUGAGGGUGAGGGUGAAGGCCAUGCAGGAGACCAUUGACGCCCAGAGAGCCAGACUCACACAGAUCCUCAGUGACCAGGCUAACACGGCCCUGGCUAAAGCAGGUGAAGGGAAUGAAGAAAUUGGGACCAUGAUUCAGAACUACAUCAAGGAAAUUGAGGAGCUCAGAGCCAAACUUCUUGAGAGCGAGGCUGUGAAUGAAAACCUCAGGAAGAACCUAUCUCGUGCCUCCACCCGCUCCUCGCUGUACGGCGGCCCUGCCUCGUUCUCCUCCUCUCUCCUGGCACCAGAGAAGGAGGCCAGCGAGGUCAUCGAGAUGGCCAAGAAGGAUCUGCAGAAACUGAAGAAGAAGGAGAAGAAGAAGAAAAAGAGACUGAGGCAAUUCGAAGAGAAUCACCACCAAGAGGUUGAACACGCCAGUGUUGUCAGAGAGGAAGUCCCAGACAACGACCAGGAGCGAGGCAGCGAGGACGCAGAUGUGGAGGGAAGUGAUCAUGAGGAUGGUGAAGAUGCUGAUGGAGAGGAGGAAGACUUUGACAUAGCAGGGGAUGAAUCAUCUGAAGAGUCAGACUCUGAAGAACUGGAUGAGAAAGAGAACGUCCAAGCAGAUCUGGCCAACAUCACCUGUGAGAUCGCCAUCAAGCAGAAGCUGAUAGAUGAGCUGGAGAACAGCCAGCGGCGUCUGCACACGCUCAAACAGCAAUAUGAACAGAAGCUGAUGAUGCUGCAGAACAAGAUCAGAGACACACAGCUGGAGAGGGACAAGGUGCUCCACAAUAUGGGGUCGGUGGAGUCAUGUACAGAAGAAAAAGCCAAGAAGAUCAAAGUAGAGUAUGAGAGGAAGCUGAGCUCCAUGAACAAAGAGCUGCAGAAGCUUCAGUCUGCUCAGAAGGAACACGCCCGUCUGCUGAAGAACCAGUCACAAUACGAGAAACAGCUGAAGAAACUCCAGCAGGAUGUGACUGAGAUGAAGAAGACCAAGGUGGCGCUGAUGCGUCAGAUGAAGGAGCAGCAGGAGAGGAACAGAGCCACUGAGUGCAGGAGGAACAGGGAGAUCGCCUCGCUGAAGAAGGACCAGCGCCGAGCUGAGCAUCAAGUGAGGCAGCUGGAGGCCCAAAAGAGACAACAGGAGAUAAUCCUACGCAGAAAGAAUGAAGAGGUGACAGCUCUUAGACGGCAGGUGAGGCCUGUUUCUGGGAAGGUGAACAAGAAGGUGAGCUUACCUGAAUCUCUCCAGGAGCCUUCACAUAGAGCUACACCCGGCAGGCUACAGUCGCCCAUAGCAACCGCAGCCAACGGAGCCAGGAGUUCCCCAGCACGAAUGGGAAGUAUCUACCUCACCAGGACGGCCAGAGCAAAAUGGCAAUCACUGGAGAGACGCAUCAGUGACAUUAUUAUGCAGAAGAUGACCAUCUCUAACAUGGAGACGGAUAUGAACAGGCUGCUCAAGCAAAGGGAAGAGCUGACCAAGAGACGGGAGCGGGUGUCCAGGAAGAAGGAGAAGAUGGCAGUGGAGGGCGCAGAUGCCGAUCGAUCGCUAGCCUCUCUAAAUGAGGAGCUGGAGUCUCUGAACGCCAACAUCGACUACAUCAAUGACAGCAUCGCAGACUGUCAGGCCAACAUUAUGCAGAUGGAGGAGGCCAAGGAGGAAGGAGACACAGGGGAUGUUACUGCUGUGAUCAGUUCCUGUAAUCUGUCAGAGGCUCGCUUCCUUCUGGACCAUUUUAUGACUAUGGCCAUCAAUAAGGGUCUGCAGGCGGCUCAGAAGGAGUCCCAGCUGAAGGUGAUGGAGGGCAGGCUGAAGCAGACGGAGAUCAACAGCGCCACACAGAACCAGCUGCUCUUCCACAUGUUAAAGGAGAAAGCCGAGAUCAACCCGGAGCUGGACGCCCUGCUGGGCAGCGCUCUGCAAGAGUUAGGUUACCUGUCACCAGCAGAGAAUGGAGAUGAGAGCAGCAGUGAUGAAUCCACCCCAAGCCCAGCCACAGAGGGAAGCACACUUGCAUCAGAUCUAAUGAAGUUAUGUGGUGAAUCCAGACCAAGAAGUAAGGCUCGCAGGCGGACCACCACCCAGAUGGAGCUGCUCUAUGCCAGCAGCGGGGAUCUGUCCUGUGAAUCCCCGACCGGAGACUUCCCUGCCCCUCUGCUGCCGCUCACUGAACGCCAGGAAGGGCCGGCAGACACGCAGGGUCACAUGACUGCUCUAACCCCUGACCGUGACCAAACUGUGUCCCCAUCUGCACUGUCUGCACGGCCAGCUGCUCUCCUCUGUAGCGGUGGGUCCAGAUCUCCUACAGGAACGGAGAGGAAGCAACCGGAGCGCUCACCACUUAUACGCAGGAAGAUGCAGGAGAAAGGAUCCACAGCCACACACAUCCCCACGCCAACGCACACACCUCCAGUUAGUAAGGUGACCGGUGGUGACUACAAAUCAAUGUUGGAUGAGUCACCAGUGUUUGAAGGCCAUCGAGGUGUGAUCAACCCUGUGACGACCCCUAAGAACAGCCGUGGGGCCAAACUUCAGUGUGUGAGUGUAGCAGAGGGACACACCAAACCUGUUCUGUGUGUAGAUGCCACUGAUGACCUGCUCUUCACAGGAUCCAAAGACCGAACAUGUAAAGUUUGGAACUUGGUGACGGGUCAGGAGAUCAUGUCUCUAGCAGAUCAUCCCAGCAGCGUCGUCUCAGUCAGGUACACAUCCAGCCUCGUCUUUACUGUUUCCACUGCUUACAUCAAAGUGUGGGACAUACGAGAUUCAGCCAAGUGCAUUCGUACCCUCACGUCAUCAGGACAGGUGGGUUCAGGAGACACCUGUUCUUCUGCAAGGAGUUUAUCCAUCCCACCCGGAGAGAGUCAGAUCAACCAAAUCAGCCUCAAUCCUUCAGGAACCUUCCUUUAUGCUGCUGCGGGCAAUGCUGUGCGCAUGUGGGACCUCCGCAAAUUUGUUUCCACUGGGAAGCUGACCGGCCAUUUGGGACCUGUCAUGUGUCUGACUGUUGAUAAAUUGGGUAAUGGACAGGACAUUGUGCUCACUGGAUCCAAAGACCGUCACAUUAAAAUGUUUGAGGUGACUGAAGGUGCUCAGGGCAGCAUCACCUCCAUCCACACAUUUGACCCCACCCAUCAGGACGGCGUGGAGUCCCUGGCUGUGCACGGAGAUGUUUUCUACAGCGGGUCCAGAGACUAUUACAUCAAAAAGUGGGAUUUGGCCAAUAAACAGCUGCUGCAGCAGUCGGCCUGUUCCCAGUCGGACUGGGUCAGCGCUCUGGGCUUGGUGCCGGGUUCCCCUGUGCUGCUCAGCGGAUGCAGAGGAGGGCUGUUACGCCUGUGGCAUGCUGACUCACUAGCGCCGCUUGGUGAGAUCCGAGGACACGACAGUCCCAUCAACGGUUUGGCCAUCAACAGCAGCCAACUGUUCACCGCCUCCGAUGACCGCACUGUAAAGAUUUGGGAAGCCAAAGGAUCUCUGGAGGAUGGCGUCCAUUGACAACAAAUUCCUGAUAAUCGAGAAUUGUCAACUCACCAUCACCCAGACAAAUCUGAACCAUAUGUUAACAAGUACGUCACCCAAGAUGUUCACCAUGGAUCCUUUAAUGAUGAGUGAUGGGAAAAAAAUGUGCUCAGUCUUAGAAGAUGAUUGCAGCUACUGUUAUUUUAGGCCAAGAUUUAUUGCUGCACGCUCAGAGCAGCAUCAGGUGUCAGAUAAAUGACCACUGAGUGCAGCUGCAAUGGACUCUGCACAUAAUAUCAAUAUGACAGUUCAAAUAUGAAUUCAUGGCUUUGCGCAAAUUGAUCCAACUGUGCGUACAUUCAACACCCCCCCGGUUCAGCACAUGACAACAUGGAUACCUUCUAUGCAUAGACUGAAUUGUGUGUUAAGAAAAAAAAAACUUGCGGUGCAGUCUUUGUCUCCCUCAGUCUUACCGUCUCCCUCCACAGAUUCUUCAUUGAAACUUAAAUUUGUGAAAGACUGCACCUCUCACAACAAACAUUUUCAGUUCCUGCUUACAGAUGUCUCCCUUCUACCAGCAAUAUCUGUGAGUCUGACCUGUGUGUUCACCUGAUGGAUGACAUGUCAGUGUUUUUUUUAUCUUCUUAUCGUUGCUGUCAGGUUCAUUUUCAGGUGUUUGUGUUCUUACUGUAUGUAUAACCAGGACCAAAUAACUACUGAAUCUGUAUAUCGUCUUAUUCCUCAGCUGUUACUGCCAAACUGUCCAGAAAAAAAAAAAACAUUAGUGGCCUCUGAAAAAACAUGGUCCUUCAUGUGAUACGUAUGAUAUUUAGUCCAGUAUUUAAGUCAAUGUUACGAGUGUUCUUCAAAACAACUUCUCCGUUGUGGCCCUAAAACUAUUAUCUGUCAUUAUUCAACAGCCACAGGUUCAAGCUUUUACAUUUAGUUGCAUAUUCACAACUAAGAUUCAUGCAUAAAUCCUGCUUUUGCCUGCACGUUGACUUUGAUAUGUGACAUUUUUUUAGGAAUUACACUUAUUUGUGUCUAUACUACCUUGAAGCAAAAGAAACCUGCUAACAUAGCUCUGUUUUUAAG